GCAGCCAGUUGUUAUGAGCAAAUUAGGGAUUAGCAAUUAGGAUUUAUGAGUAAAUUAACUUUUGAUUCAUCACGCAUUAGUUUUAUUUGUGGGAUGCUUGUCGAGAAUCACGUCGCGUACGAAACUUCAGAAUCACUUUACAUUGUGAAAAAUGUCAAAAAUAUUACGCAACCACAGUGAUUGGGUAUGGUUAGACUAUGGCUUUGGAAAAAAUUUUUGGACACGGUAUAUAAGGGAGUUGGCAGUCUAGUAUUUGAAGUCUGUGGUGAAUCCAGCUUAUCGCGAUUCGCAAUUCGUGAUUAUAACGAUGUGUUGAUAAAGUUAUCGUAAAUGCAUUUUGUUGUAAAUGGCAAAAUGCUAUUACGUAUCACCGCACGCGUGUCAUUGAAAAGCGCGUUGUUUGCAUGAAAUUCUUGUAAUCAUGAGCGCGCAAAAUCAGUUGCCAAAUCUUGACAAGAUCUUCAGGGACGAUGACGAGUCUGACUUCGUACCUUCGGGAGGGUCUAAUUUGGCUGCAAUUUUUGGACUACAACCAAGACUCACAGAUUCUCAUUCCAUUAAACAAAUGCCUAAGAAGAGCAACACUCGAUAUAACAUACAACAAACUGUAUCAUCUUCCAAGACAGAAGUAUUAAUAGCUAAAGCAGUACAUGCUUUUAAAUUGCAAAAUGGUCAAUAUGCUUCUGUUGGGAAGCUUGGUAUGGCAUUGACAGGCAACAUAGUAACAAGGUUAUAUCAGAUAAUUUUAUAUAAGACUAAGCAAGAGUACAUAUCUAUUGCCACAGUGACAUGUGACUUUGCUUACACUAUACAAGCAAACAAUUAUGCCAGUUAUUAUGAUGAUAACAAAGAGAAUUGGUCAAUUUUAUUCGAGAAUAAUGAAAGUUACUUGGAGUUUGCAAUAGAAGUGGGACUAGCGCGUUACUUUGCACUGCAAGAAAAAGGUGCAAAUGUAAUCUACCAAGAUCUAAUGUCGAGCAAUAAAGAUGUAAUUGCUAAAGAAGGGGACAAUAUAUGUAUAAAAUAUUUUGUGGGAACUGAGAUUAUACAGCCUUUUAAAACUAAUUUUGUAAUGUCGCAAACUAUGACUGUGGAAAUAUCAACGGAUGAGAAUUGGGAGAGAAUUCUUUUGGGUAGCAGCAAGGGUCUGAAAAGAGUUUUGUUCUUACCACCUAGUAAACAGAUUAGUUUAGGUCCUGGGUUUCCUAAAGAAAGAGAUAUUAUGCUGAUAAUAGAGAUAACCGAUAUACGAGAACAGGAGAAAGAUCCACUGGUGCCUAAAAAUUCAACAAGUGGUAAAGCAGCCAUAAUAUCGAGAAUGGCUAAAAUGGGUCAGUCCAUAUUACCAAAAAUGUCUUUACCCUCCACCACUGAUUCUGAAGAUACAGAGGACGACGUACCUCAUAAAUCUUCUCGUCAUAAGAGGAUUGAACAAUCGGAAAGCGUUUUGCAAAAGAAGAAUUUGUCUCAUGAGUCAUUGAAUGAAAGAAAAGCCGCUCAAAAAACUGUAGAAUCUAAAACUGAAGUGCCUUCUACAGAUUCUAGUACUUAUAAGCCAUUAGUUACUUCACCUUCAUUAACGCCACAAUGGGCUCCGUAUUUUACUGGACAUUACGUAACGAUGGACAACCAGAUGUAUCCUGUAUCGCAGGCUGUAAAUCGUACGAUAUCAACAGCUAUGGAUCCCGGAAUGAACAUGUUACUAUCAGAAACAAGGAUAGCAAACGCGGAAAUACGAAUGGGAAUAUCCAAAAUAUCAGAUAAUGUUCAGAAAUUAUUGGAUAAGUUUCAUGUGCUCGAAUUACAAAAUGCCACAACUCCUACAAGUGAUAAAGCAACUUUGGAUGCUUCUUGGAAAAUGCUCUUAGCUCUUAAUGCAGGAACAAAGGAUAAUGAAAUACUGAAACUAAAAAAUACUGAUAAGGAUAUGUCGGAUGAGAAAAUUCGCGAGGCACAGAGCAAAAUAAGUUCCUUAGAAAAUGAUUUAAAAGGAUUAAAAGAAGAAAAAGAAUCAUUAUUUCAAAUUAAUGAAAAUCUCAGUAAGAAAAUUCAAGAAUUGGAAGCAAGAUUAGCCGAUAAAAGUGAUGAUUUGAAGAAAACUAAAGAAGCUUUAGAAGUAGCUAAAAAUACAAUUGCACAAUAUAAAGAAGAAAAUGCUAGCUUAGAAGAUAGGCUUUCUCAAUGUCAUAAACAACACGUUCUUCAAGUUGACACAAUAUCUUCCAGACAAAAAGAUGUUGAGAAGAAAAACAAAGAAAUUAAGCAAAUAAUGAACAAAACAUAUUAUACAUUAUCAGAAAAACUUGCGGAUGAAUCGUGUUCUGAAUUAUCCUUUGAUUAUGUAAAAUCAACUAUUGCAAACACAAUAAAGUAGAUCACAUGUCACACCAAGGAAGGACGAGUAAAAUAAAUCGAUUUUUAUUUCUGAAGUAGUAAAAAAGAUAUUUUCUUUUUUGUUGUUUCUGAACUGCUGAAUUUGAUUCAAACUUGUAAAAAUUUUUAAUUUAUAGGGAAAAUAUUAAAACGUAGUAUAUGAAACUGUUAAACAUAUAAGGAAUUAUUAUGAGAAUAAUAAAAUUAAAUAUAAAAGUAUAAAACUAUAUUGAAAUAAAUAAUAUUAACCCUUACAAUACAAUGUGAAAAAUAAAUGACCUUUCCAAAAAUGAAUAUUUUAAGUCCUAUCACAUGAUUUCUUUUAUCGAAAGCAAUUAAAAAAUCUAAAAAUUCGUGAAUAUUUUUUCAAAUUUCUAGAACAAAUGUCUAUACUUUUUUUGGAAAAAGUAAAAUAUAGCAUAUUUAAUUUUAUACUUUAAUUAUCUUUACAAUUUUAAGAAAUUUUUAUGGAUCAAUUUUGAAAUACUCUCAUUUAUAUGGAAAGGGUUAAAUGAAAAUAAGCUGACAUAUAAGCAUAAGUUAAGAAAUGAAGGAGGCUUUACUUAAUCAAGGCAGAUCUUGUGCUCACAAAAAUAUUCUUUGAACGAAUCUUACAAUUUUCAGUAGUAAAAUAUAAUAAAUUAUGCUAAAUAUUCUAAGAGAAAAUCCUUGAAAGACAUAAUAGAUAAUAGUCUCAGAUACUGUGAUCAAGAGUUAUAAUAAAAUAUCGAUAAUGCGUAUUUUAUUUAUUAAUAAUUCUUUUUUAUCAAGCAAAACACAUGAAUUGUUAAAGAAUUUAAAGAACAUUAAUGAUAAGAAUAUUUUCAUGUCUUAAUAGCAGGAAAAUGUGAACUAAUAUAUCGUAAAAUUCAAUAAUAAUUUACUAGAUAUUUAACAGCUUUAUAUGCUGAUUUUAAUAUUUUUUCAAUAAAUCAAAAUGUAAAGGGUUAAAAUCAGAUUUAGUAACUUAAAAAAAAAAAAA